AUGCUACAGCGGUUCCUACAGUUCCUUGGUCUCGGACUGUCUUUGGCGUCGGUGUCGCGUUCCGCGGUGCUUGUUGACUUCCAGGUUGCCCAGCCCCCACCCUUACCCCAGGACGCGGAGCAAUGCACUAUUCAGAUUCUUGAGCGCACGUUUGGAAAUUCCUACGGAGACCCGGAGAUCGUGCAGUACACACCACCGACGGAUUGUGGUCCUGUCGGUUCGUGGGCUGGUAUAAGCUUGAACUUUACCGUUACAUCGAACGGAACGCAAUAUGAUCGUCUGGGUAUAUUCACGUUUCAGAACGUUGAGAUAUGGCGUACAUCAACGCCAGAGCCCACAUACGACGGUAUCAUCUGGACAUACUUGAAGGACGUGACUCGGUACACGCCGCUCUUUUCAGAACCGGGCACAUUCAUUCUCGAACUUGAUAAUAUUAUCGAAACCGGACUUAACGGGCAAUACGCGACGACCUUGCAUGCGACCUUCUACGCGUCGUCUGCGGCCCAUCCGCCCGCUCCUCGUGCAAAUACCAUUAUCCCCGUUACUACCCUUGCAAACAACACAGGGGAUGACGCUUCUGUUCCUCCUAUUUUCUCGCUUAAUGUGACAGUGCCUCAGAACGCGGUACAGAUCUAUGCCGAACUCUAUGCCUCUGGCAACGGUGAUGAGGAGUUCUGGUAUUACAACACCGCGAACGAAUACCUGUCUGAUUUGCCUAGCGGAACAACCUAUGGCAAUGGACCAUUUCGCGAAGUGCGCAUGCUGGUGGACGGUCAGGUCGCGGGAGUCGCGUUCCCUUACGCGGUGAUAUUUACAGGAGGGAUCAUCCCGUCCUCGUGGCAACCGAUCACUUCCUACGGGGCGCUAGACCUCCCCACGUAUUUCAUAGACCUCACGCCGUUCGUGCCCGUGCUGGCCGACGGCCAGCCACACAACAUCAGCAUCGACGUCGUCUCCGCCGAGACAGACCACGCGAUCAACGACAACUGGUACGUCUCGGGCAACCUGCAGGUCGUGACCGAUCCGUCGUCCAAGCCGACAACUGGCAAGAUCACGGUGUACGAUGUGCAACCGUACGCCCAGACGAGCACGACGGGGAGCGUCGGUGCGAAUGGCGAUGUGAACGUGACGGUGUCUGCGACGCGCAGCAUCCACAUCGAGAGCGAGAUCGUCAGUGGGAGCGGGCAGUACACCUACGUGACGUGGACGCAAAAUUUGGAGUACUCGAAUACUCAGUACUAUUUGGACGACACCUACGUUCAGAACGUCGCGCAAACAGCGACUGGGUCAUUCCUGUCUACGCACAACGGCGUAGUGUCUCUCAGUGACCAGUUCUCAUAUCCGCUGUACAUCAAUCUUACCCUCUUGAAUUCUGAGGGGACAGAGUUCUCGGCAGUAUUCGAUCACUCGUACAAUCGGAAUUCCCUGCCCAGUCCCUUCAUACUAGGUUCUACGAUCGCGGAACACCAGUACGCAACUGGUUUCUUUGUGAUCUCGUCCGAGGGAAAUUACGGCAAUGGCACAAAUAACAACACCUUUAGCUACGUCGACCUCAAGGGCAAUACCUACUACAGAACUGUCGAUGCAGCGUUGGACAACAUCACCUAUGACCAGAUCAGUGGGUCGCUGGCGACAGGCAACACAUUUGAGUUCCCAACGUUCAAUCCCUUGGCGCAUCUGUCGGUGACUAUCCCCAGGUUGCCUGGUGGAAGGCAGACAAAAUUCGGUAACUAG